CCUCCCAGUUCCGCCCAGAGCCGCGCCGGCGUGGCACAGUACGCCUGCGCGCUGAGCUCCCCCCCCACCCCCCGCCCCCCAACGCUGGCUGCGGCAAGAUGGCUGCGGCCCUGGCGCCGAGUGGAGCUGUUCCGUAGCGGAUUUCUGACAUCCAAAUCUGUCUGAAAGAAGCUGUCAAAGGCUACGUUUCUCUCCAAUUGUUGAGGAGCUAGUUGACACCAUGAAGGUCUUCUGUAGCCGGGCCAAUCCAACCACCGGAUCUGUGGAGUGGCUAGAAGAAGAUGAACAUUAUGAUUACCAUCAGGAGAUUGCCAGGUCAUCCUAUGCUGAUAUGCUACAUGAUAAGGACAGAAAUAUAAAAUAUUACCAGGGUAUCCGGGCUGCUGUGAGCAGAGUGAAAGACAGGGGCCAUAAGGCCUUGGUUCUUGACAUUGGCACUGGCACAGGACUCUUGUCAAUGAUGGCAUUGACUGCAGGUGCUGACUUCUGCUAUGCUAUUGAGGUUUUUAAGCCUAUGGCUGAAGCUGCUGUAAAGAUAGUGGAGAAAAAUGGAUUCAGUGAUAAGAUUAAAGUUAUCAACAAGCAUUCCACUGAGGUGACGAUUGGACCAGAUGGUGACAUGCCAUGCCGAGCCAACAUCCUGAUCACAGAGCUGUUUGACACAGAACUAAUUGGCGAGGGAGCACUGCCCUCUUAUGAGCAUGCUCACAGGCAUCUUGUGCAGGAAAAUUGUGAAGCAGUACCUCACAGAGCUACUGUCUAUGCCCAGCUGGUGGAGUCCAGAAGGAUGUGGUCAUGGAACAAGCUGUUUCCUGUCCAUGUUAAAACUAGCCUUGGAGAGCAGGUCAUCGUCCCUCCCUUGGAAUUGGAGAAGUGCCCUGGUGCGCCCUCUGUCUGUGACAUUCAGCUGAACCAGGUGUCAUCUGCUGACUUCUCUGUCCUCAGUGAAGUGCUCCCUAUGUUCAGUGUGGACUUCAGCAAGCAAGUCAGUAGCUCGGCAGCCUGCCAUAGUAGGCAGUUUGAACCUCUGGCAUCUGGCCAAGCUCAGGUGGUUCUCUCCUGGUGGGACAUUGAAAUGGACCCCGAGGGGAAGAUCAGGUGCACCAUGGCACCCUUUUGGGCACAGUCAGACCCAAAGGAACUCCAGUGGCGGGACCACUGGAUGCAGUGUGUAUACUUCCUGCCACAGGAGGAGACUGUUGUACGAGGCUCGGCCUGCUGCCUGGUAGCUCACCACGAUGACUACUGUGUGUGGUACAGCCUUCAGAGUACCAGCCCUGAUGAGAAUGGAAGAGUCCACCAAAUGCGACCUGUAUGUGACUGCCAGGCUCACCUGCUCUGGAACCGGCCUCGGUUUGGAGAGAUCAAUGAUCAGGACAGAACUGAUCAGUAUGCCCAAGCCUUGAGGACUGUGAUGACACCAGGCAGCAUCUGCCUUUGUGUCAGUGAUGGAAGUCUGCUCUCAGUGCUGGCCCAUCAUCUUGGGGCUGAGCAGGUGUUUACAAUUGAGAGUUCAGCAGCUUCCCAUAAAUUGAUGAAAAGGAUCUUCAACGCUAACCACUUGGAAGAUAAAAUCAAUAUCAUCAAGAAACGUCCGGAGUUGCUAACAUCUGCAGAUCUAGAGGGUAAGAAGGUCUCUCUCCUCGUGGGUGAGCCCUUCUUCACCACCAGCCUGCUGCCAUGGCAUAACUUGUACUUCUGGUAUGUCCGUACCACUCUGGAUCAGCACCUGGGACCUGGUGCCGUGGUGAUGCCCCAGGCUGCCUCACUGCAUGCUGUGAUCGUGGAGUUCAGGCGGGCUCUAGAUUUCCAAGAGAGCAAGGAGGCAGAGCCCCAUCCACUGUGGGAGUACCCCUGCCGCAGCCUCUCUGAGCCCCAACAGAUCCUGACCUUUGAUUUUCAGCAGCCGGUCCCUCAGCAGCCCAUGUGUGCUGAGGGCUCUAUGAAGCUUAGGAGACCUGGAAGGAGCCAUGGGGCUGUCUUAUGGAUGGAAUACCACCUGACACCAGACAGCACGGUCAGCACCGGCCUCCUGAACCCUGCAGAAGACAAGGGGGAUUGCUGCUGGAACCCCCACUGCAAGCAGGCUGUGUACUUCCUAAGCACCACAUUGGAUCCCAGAGUGCCCCUGGAUGCCCCUCAGUCAGUCAGCUAUGCUGUGGAGUUUCACCCCCAUACUGGAGACGUCACCAUGGAGUUCAGGCUUGCAGACACCCUGGACUGAUCCUCCCUUGUUGAAAAAUAAAGUGGCUGGCAGGCUGAGGGCUCUGAAUGGCUUAUGGCUCACUGGGGAAAGAAGGCCAAGGCAUUCAUUUCUGAUAUGUACCUGCUUGGCAGCCACACAGAGGAGGCCUAUUCCAUCUUUGCAUCUUUACAGUGUUGGCUCCCAACAGCAGGUGUGGCAGGCAGCAUGGGUGGUGACUGAUUUUGAGCUGUGGAGGGACCAGGGAGAACCGUUGUGUUUCUGAGAGUUCAGAAAGCUCUGGGGGCAGUAAUGGCUCUUUUCCUACUUGGAGGAGAACUGAAGCACAAACCCCUAGCUGGGGUGGGAAUAGGACUGCCCAUUUAGCUAGAUAGGUAGCUGGUAGAGCCUACCUGGUCUGUCUGCUUUCCGGGAACUUCCAGGUCCCUUCUCACCCAGAAUAACCUCCUGGGGAAUUCCCUAGGGCUUGAUGACCCUGAUGGGACUAAGCUGGCCCUUUUCACUGCUAAGUAGCAUUACUAAGCCACACUAUUUAAACAUUUGGGCAUCUGGCCUUAUUGCACACCAGCAGGACACCAGGGAUGCCAGGUCUGCUCAGAAGCCCAGGGAAGAGGCCAUCUCCAGGUAGUUCCCUGGGGAACCAGCAGAGUAUCCUUUUUAUAUAUGUCCCCUCGUGUGUCAAAAGGUCCCUGCUAUGGAUUGCCCCAUUCCUGCUACAGCAAGAGCAGCAGAUUCCCCAGCCACAGCCUUGUUGUAUCCCCGUGCUCGUCCUCCCCACUCCCUGUCCACACUCAUUUGCCACUGGCCUCAAGUUCUCAAGGAAUUUGGGAGGUAUCCAGUAGGAGAACUCAGCCCAGCUUUCUGGCAGUUCAGGGCAGACAUGGGCUGUGCCCCCAUAAUUAUCCCCCAGCCCCUAGGCUGCCUAUCACUCAGCGCUGGAAUCAGCAGCUUCCGGAGUUUGUCACUCAAAAUAAGUACAGAAUGCCAGCCUUGAGCCUCACAGUUUUAUUUCCUCCUCAUUCUCCCAUCCUUCCUUUCAGCACCAUAAAGGAAAAGUCCACCUCUCUUUUCAACAUUUUUUUUUUUAUCAGAUGUGAAGAUUGUUUUUCUUCUAGGGAAGAAUCAUCUGGAUAUAUUUUUGAUGUUUUACCAAAACCUUAGGUGUCUUACCAUAUAAAAACCCCUUAUGUCCCAUGAGGAUACAAUACAGAAAAAAAAAAUACAGAAAUUAAAAAAGUGUUUCUUUUUCUUUUUUUAAAACAGUAUUUCUAAAUUUCAGCAAGUUAAUACAAUAGUUAAAAAGCAUCAAGGUUAAUAUUCAUACUUAAAACUCAAGGUUGUUUUGGACAGAUGAAGAUGAAUGUUCUUUCCUAAGCUAACACAGCUAGCUACCCAGGGCUUACCUUGAAGGGGCCCCAGGCAGGCAGAGUCUUGGUUUGGGAUCUGGACGAUCCCUAUGACUGCCCCCUCCCAGGCCCUAGAUGCCACAGAAUCUGAAAUCCUGGCAGUGUUAUCUUUCUUUUUUUUUUUUUUUGGCUUUUUGAGACAGGGUCUCCCUGUAGCCCCAGCU